AACAGACAGUGAGGAGAUGCCAAAUAAAGGCAUUGAAUUGAAUCUGCAAUAGAUGGAAUUGUUGUUGGCGUUUCGAUGUCCACUUCCCACCCCCUUUCCUGUGCCGCCCAUCACUGGUGUACAGCUCCAUGGUAAAGAGAAAUGGCGGCUUGAGAGCAAAACUCAGCUAUGAAAAUGACCCAUUACUCCAAAAAGCCAUGGAUGCAACUUCUCGUCCUUAUCAAGAGACCUACCGGCCAGACAGAACCACUUUUUGUGGAUCCAUAUGCCUGUUGCUUUGUCCAUCCCAAGAUUCAAACGGAUUUAAAGAAGAGAAGGAGUCAUUAUUGCCUGGCAACAAAGUUCAUUGAUGACAGGUUGUUUCGUACCGUGAACCAUAUUGCUGGGCUUAAGCAGGUUGUUUUGUUGACUGAUGGCAUGGAUACUCGACCACAUAGGCUUAAUUGGCCAAGUUCAACAAUCAUAUUCGAUGUUUCCCAAGAACAGGUGUUCAAAAAGGGAGCUGAAAAGCUUGAAGUUUUGCUUUUAUUUGAUCAAUUUGUAUGGUUUGUUUCUGUGUCUAAACCUCCAAUUUAAGUUACAAAAUAUUGUAAAUUUUUACCAUGUUGAUCGUCUCAUGAUUUUGAGCAUUUGGCGAACACUUUCCGAUUUAAAAGCUAUUUCAUUAAGUUAUGAUUUCUAGAAAAGAAGGCUAUGUAACGAGCAACUUCUUGGGAGAGUUGCUUGUAGUUUUGAAUUCCAUGAAGGUCUUACAUCUACAGUUUUACGGAUUCAGUGGCAUGGUAUAUUUAAAAACACUAAACAUUUAACCAGGCAUCCUUAACAUCUCUGUAUCAGUGAAUCAUGCAACUGAAAUUUCUUUUAUACGGUUUCCUUUUGAUUUAGUUAAGUUAUCUAACUUGUUCUGACUAAUUUUUCUUGUAAAAUAUUAGUUGUGGGGGCAAAGAUUCUAAGAGAUUGCUCGUUUAUUCACAUUCCAAUGGAGUCAUCUACUGUUAAACAAAUUUUGUGCAAAAAAGGCUUCUCUGGUAGUCACCCAAGUAUACGCGCCAUUCAGGGACUUCCUUUGAUGACUUUUUCAAGUUUGAAGAGGUAUUAUCUGUUAUUAGUGGUUUGGCUACAAAUAGCAGUCUCUUCUUGGGAGAAUUGCCAGCAUGGUUGGCAAAAACUGAAGUUGGAAUUAAGUCUACUACAACCAAAUGGGUUGAAAAAGAAUUCACA